AUGCUGUCGAAAGCUGUGCUUUUCUUGUCCCUUCCCUUCUGGGCUCAGGUUGCCAAUGCGGCCUUUGGCAUCACCACGACCAGCAGCUCCUAUGUCAUCGAUGCCAACUCGGCGAAUCCGUUGAAGUUUACGGUCAGCCGGUCGAACUGCGACAUCACAUCGAUCAACUUUUACGGCUCUGAGCUGCAGUAUCAAGGCACAGGCAGUCACAUAGGGUCAGGGCUCGGAUCUGCAACCGUCUCUGCCACUCAGAAUGGCGAUUAUAUCAAGGUUACCUGCUCGACGAGUACCUUGACCCAAUACUUCGUUGUGCACAAUGGAGACCCAAUCAUUCAUAUGGCCACCUACAUUACUGCGGAACCUUCUAUUGGUGAGCUGCGGUUCAUUGCCCGUCUCAACAACAACCUCCUUCCCAACGAGGAGCCAUUUGGUCAAGUCUCAAACACCGCUGGCGGUACCGCCAUUGAGGGCUCGGAUGUGUUCCUGGUCAAUGGACAGACGCGCAGCAAGUUCUACUCCAGUCAGCGAUUCAUCGACGACCAGAGACACUGCGUCUCUGGCAGCGCGUAUCGCGUUUGCAUGAUCCUCAACCAGUACGAAUCUUCUUCCGGCGGUCCUUUCCACCGAGAUAUCAACUCCAACAACGGAGGCGACUACAACUCCCUCUAUUGGUACAUGAACUCCGGCCACGUCCAGACAGAAUCGUACCGCAUGGGUCUGCACGGCCCAUACUCGAUGUACUUUAGUCGCAGCGGCACUCCCAGCACCAGCAUUGAUACGUCUUUCUUUGCGAACCUUGGCAUUACGGGCUAUGUCGCGGCCAAUGCCCGAGGCAAGGUGACUGGAAAAGCAUCGGGUGCUAAUUCCGCGUUUGCAUGGGUUGUCCACUGGUACAACGAUGCGGCGCAGUACUGGACCUACACGGCGUCCGACGGCAGCUUCACCUCUCCCGCCAUGAAGCCCGGAACCUAUACCAUGGUCUACUACCAAGGGGAAUACAAGGUCGCCUCGACCUCUGUCUCCGUGUCGGCCGGCUCAACAACCACCAAAAACAUCUCCGGGUCCGUGACGACCGGCAAGACUAUCUUCAAGAUCGGCGAUUGGGACGGCCAACCCACUGGCUUCCGCAACGCAGCAAACCAGCUGAGAAUGCACCCGUCCGACUCGCGCAUGGCCAGCUGGGGCCCGCUCACCUACACCGUCGGCAGCUCCGCGCUGUCCGACUUCCCCAUGGCCAUUUUCAAGGGGGUCAAUGACCCCGUCACGAUCAAGUUCACGGCGUCGUCCUCGCAGACCGGCGCCGCUACACUGCGCAUCGGCACAACCCUGUCCUUUGCGGGUGGUCGACCACAAGUCAAGGUCAACUCGUUUACCGGUCCGGCUCCCUCUGCGCCGACGAACCUCAACUCGCGCGGUGUCACCCGCGGCGCGUACAGGGGGUUGGGCGAGGUGUAUAAUGUUGCGAUUCCGGCUGGCACGAUCGUUGCGGGCACCAACACGAUUACCAUCAGUGUUGUCUCUGGAAGCUCUGGAGACCAGUUCCUCAGUCCCAACUUUAUCUUCGACUGCGUUGAGCUGUUCCAGUAG